AUGAUUUUUUGCAAACGGGAAACGGUAACAACACGUCCGGCAUUUUGGGGAUUGAUAAAUCCCGAAUGGUCUCUUUGCAACAGAGGGAGACGACAGUCACCGGUCAACUUAGAACCCGAUAAACUAUUGUUCGAUCCUAAUUUGAGAUCUUUACAUAUCGACAAACAUAGGAUUAGCGGAUUCAUUGCAAACACGGGUCACAGCGUUAUAUUCACGGUUGAUAACACAACGAGAAAUCACAUAAACGUAACGGGAGGACCUUUGUCGUACAGGUAUCAGUUUCACGAAAUGCACAUGCACUACGGUUUACACGACGAUUCCGGAAGCGAACAUUCUAUUAACGAUUAUGCAUUUCCUGCCGAGAUACAAAUAUUCGGAUUCAAUUCGCAAUUGUAUUCAAAUUUUUCCGAAGCACUUUUCAGAGCUCAAGGAAUAGUAGCCAUAUCACUUUUAUUACAGUUAGGAGAUUUAUCAAAUCCGGAAUUAAGAAUAUUGACUGAUCAAUUAGAAAAAAUCAAAUAUGGAGGAGAAGAAGUCGAAGUUAAAAGGAUAUCGAUAAAAAAUCUACUACCGGAAACGGAAUAUUACAUGACGUAUGACGGAUCGACGACGAUGCCCGCGUGCCACGAAACCGUCACGUGGGUCAUACUAAACAAACCCAUUUACAUAACAAAACAACAGUUACACGGUCUAAGAAGGUUAAUGCAAGGUGAUGCAAAUCAUCCGAAAGCACCUCUGGGAAAUAAUUUUCGUCCUCCGCAACCCCUUCACCAUCGACCCAUAAGGACAAAUAUCGAUUUCAACAAUAGCAAACAGAAUUCGAACACGAAAUAUUGUCCGAGCAUGUAUAGAGAAGUUUAUUAUAAAGCCAACAGUUGGAAACAACAUUGA